AUGGCCCUGGAGCAGGCGCUGCAGGCGGCGCGGCAGGGCGAGCUGGACGUGCUGAAGGCCCUGCACGCCGCGGGCCGGCUGGAGCCCUCGCUGCGGGACCCGCUGGACGCCCUGCCCGUGCACCACGCGGCCCGCGCCGGCAAGCUGCACUGUCUGCGCUUCCUGGUGGAGGAGGUCGCCCUGCCUGCCGCGGCCCGCGCGCGGAACGGCGCCACCCCGGCCCACGACGCCGCCGCCACCGGCCACCUCGCCUGCCUGCAGUGGCUGCUCUCGCAGGGCGGCUGCAGGGUGCAGGACAAAGACAAUUCUGGUGCCACAGUCCUGCACCUGGCUGCCCGCUUCGGCCACCCCGAAGUGGUGGACUGGCUGCUGCGUCACGGCGGUGGGGACCCCACCGCAGCCACAGACACGGGCGCCCUGCCCGUCCACUACGCCGCGGCCAAAGGAGACUUCCCCUCCCUGAGGCUUCUCAUCGGGCACUACCCUGAGGGAGUGAAUGCCCAAACCAAGAACGGUGCCACGCCCCUGUACCUGGCGUGCCAGGAGGGCCACCUGGAGGUGACGCAGUACCUGGUGCAGGAGUGCGGCGCGGACCCGCACACGAGCGCCCACGACGGCAUGACCCCGCUGCACGCGGCGGCACAGAUGGGCCACAGCCCGGUCAUCGUGUGGCUGGUGAGCUGCACCGACGUGAGCCUGUCGGAGCAGGACAAGGACGGCGCCACGGCCAUGCACUUCGCGGCGAGCCGCGGCCACGCCAAGGUGCUCAGCUGGCUCCUGCUGCACGGCGGCGAGAUCGCGGCCGACCUGUGGGGCGGGACCCCGCUGCACGACGCCGCCGAGAACGGGGAGCUGGAGUGCUGCCAGAUCCUGGUAGUGAACGGCGCGGAGCUGGACGUCCGCGACCGCGACGGAUACACGCCCGCCGACCUCUCAGACUACAAUGGCCACAGCCACUGCACCCGCUACCUGCGCACCGUGGAGAACCUGAGUUUGGAGCACCGCGUGCUGUCGCGGGACCCGUCCGCCGAGCUCGAGACCAAGCAGCCCGACUCGGGCAUGUCCUCGCCCAACACCACCGUGUCCGUCCAGCCACUGAACUUCGACCUCAGCUCGCCCACCAGCACCCUCUCCAACUACGACUCCUGCUCAUCCAGCCAGUCCAGUAUCAAGGGCCGGCGCCCCCCGCGCGAGCUUCCGAGAGCCAGAGCCGCAGAGAUACAGAGCUACGUGGACAUGCUGAGCCCGGAGCUGAGCCUGGCCCAGGGCAAGAUGGAGAAAACCACACCGCCACCGCCACCCAGCUUCCCGCCGCCACCCCCGCCCCCAGACACCCAGCUGCCCCCUCCCCCACCGGGCUACCCGGCCCCCAAGCCCCCCGCCGGGCUGCAGGCAGCUGACAUCUACAUGCAGACCAAGAGCAAGCUCCGCCACGUGGAGACCACGGGCUUCCGGAAGGAGCUGGGCUCCCGCGCCGGCCACAACGGGCUGCGGAGGCAGGACUCCGGCCGCAAGCCCCGCGCCUUCAGCAAGCAGCCCAGCACGGGGGACUACUACCGCCAGCUGGGCCGCUGCCCCCGCGAGCCGGCCGCACGCCCGGGCAUGGCGCACAGCGAGGAGGUGCGUGCCCGCCAGCCCGCACCCGCCGGCCGCCUCGGACCCGGCCGGGCGCCCCGCUCCUCACUCGCUGGCCCCUCCGCUCCCCCGCAGGCGGCGCUGCUCCCCGGGAAUCACGUGCACAACGGCUGCGCGGCGGAGCCCAAGGCGUCCAGGGAGCUGCCGCCGCCGCCGCCCCCGCCGCCCCUGCCCGAGGGCCUGAGCUCGCCGCCGCCCGCUCCGCCUCUGCCCUUCGAGGGCGCCGGCCCCGGCUACGGGCAGCGCCGCUCCUCCUCGUCCACCGGCAGCACGAAGUCUUUCAACAUGAUGACGCCCACCGGUGACAACGCGGAGCUGCUGGCUGAGAUCAAGGCUGGCAAGAGCCUGAAGCCGACGCCUCAGAGCAAGGGUCUGACCACCGUGUUCUCCGGCAGCGGGCAGCUGGCUUCCCAGCCUGACGCGCAGCUGCCGCCAGUGUCACCAGCACCUUCCCGGCCCCGGAGCCCCACCCCGCCAGCCGCCGGGCCCCAGCCGCUGCUCAAUGGCAGCUUGGCGCCGGCGCCGCCCGCCACCCCCGCGCCAGGGGUGCAGCUGGACGUGGAAGCGCUCAUCCCCACGCACGACGAGCAGGGCCGGCCCAUCCCCGAGUGGAAGCGCCAGGUGAUGGUCCGCAAGAUGCAGCUGAAGAUGCAAGAGGAGGAGGAGCAGAGGCGGAAGGAGGAGGAAGAGGAGGCCCGGCUGGCCAACAUGCCUGCCUGGAGGCGGGACCUUCUUCGGAAGAAGCUAGAAGAGGAGAGGGAGCAGAAGCGAAAAGAGGAGGAGCGACAGAAGCAGGAGGAGCUGCAGCGGGAAAAGGAGCAGUCGGAGAAGCUGCGGACGCUGGGCUACGACGAGACCAAGCUGGCGCCCUGGCAGCGCCAGAUCAUCCUGAAGAAGGGGGACAUCGCGAAGUACUAGACUAGACGCCGCUUCCUCCCGCUCCUCGGCAGCGGGGGCGGGUGGACGGGGGCGGGGAGGCGGCCCCUGCCCCAGCCGCCCCAGCCUGGACGGACCCGCUGGGAGCCACGCCACCCCCCUCCGGCCCGGCACCCCUCCCUGACCCCCGCCCUCGCACCCCCAGCCCCGGAACGGGCCGGAGCGCGCCCACCCGCCACAGUCGCCCAGAAAAAGUGCCCAAGUUGUUGACGCAAAAGAUGCUGCUUAUUUGCAUGGCUAUUUACAUAUAUUUGCAUGUUCGUUGAAUGUCAACGAGUGCAGAGCUCUUCCCAGCCCCGUGGGUGGUGACUUUGUUUUCCUGCGGGACCCGUACCGGCUGCAGCCCCCUCCCCCGCACCCCGGAACCGCGUCGCCGGCACAUCCUGGGCGGAGGCCGGCCAGGUUCGGGAAGGGAAGGGAAGGGGUUUUCCUGCCGCCCUGACCUAGAUCCGCGCCCGGCCCCGGGCCGCAUUUCCCAUCCCCGCGAGGGUUUCCUCUCAGUCAUUUGUUUACCAGAAACGAUAAAAACUGCCCGUCGAGACGGAGUUGUCGCUCCCGUGACCUCCGCGCGCCUCCCCGGCCAGGCCCCAGCACCUCGCCCCCUUCACUGCAGUGGUGGGGUGCCUGGAGGACCAGGGGCCCCGAACCCCCACUGCCUGCUGCCUCCCGGCCCCGCGCCCCCGCCGGCUCGCUCCCCCAUUAAAGCUCUCUCAGA